UUUUUUAAUGCUGCUAAUGGCACGCUGAUUGUUCAGCAAUCGGAAAAAUGGCAGCGCACAGGUGCAAUAUUUUUAUGCUGGUGUUCGUUCUUUGUGGAUUAACAUGUGUGUUUGUUAGAGCGGACAUAGAAGACACAAAUCAUGUGAAAGAUGCUGAAAGCGUGGCCGUUGAUAUUGCACCGAAGGCGAAUAUAGGCGCGUCACUGCGAUCAACUAAAACCGAGGACCAAACCCAGGCCGCUGAAGAGGAAAGGCAAUGGGAGGCCGAAACGAAUCCCGCAGAUGCCCCAAGCGACAACAAAGCUGACCAUGUCCAUGAUACCAUGCAAAACCUUGACAGUCGUCCAGCACCGUAUGCAAAAGACCAAACCCAAGAGGCAGCGGAAGAGGAGAGGCAAUGGGAGGCUACCGAGGUCAAAGAAGCUGACCAUGUCCCUGACACCAUUCAAAUCCCAGACGUCCCUCCACCAACGCCCGCAAAAGAUCAGUUUCAGGAAGAGUUGGUGAUCAGACCAUUGCAUUCUGGGGAUAUCUAUGCCAGCUUCCAGUUCCGCACCAUGUGGGAUACAGACUUCUUACGAGGAAGUAAAGUCUCCCACUACCGACUCUUCCCAAAGUCGCUGGGCCAGGUGAUUUCAAAGUUCUCUGUGCGUGAGCUCCACAUCUCCUUCACUCAGGGCUACUGGAGGACCAUGCAGUGGGGCCAGCCAUUCCUACCAUCGCCCCCUGGUGCUGAACUGUGGGUAUGGUUCCAGGACACUGUCACUGAUGUGGACGGUGCCUGGAAGGAGCUGACCAACGUUCUCUCAGGGAUCUUCUGUGCCUCCCUGAACUUCAUUGACUCCACCAACACGGUGCAGCCCAGUGCCUCCUUCAAACCUCUUGGCUUGGGCAACGUAACAGACCAGCGCUUCCUCCGCUAUGCUGUGUUGCCGCGGGAGAUCGUCUGUACUGAGAACCUGACUCCGUGGAAGAAACUCCUUCCCUGUGGCUCCAAGGCUGGUCUGGCAGUCCUGAUGAAGUCUGAGAAACUCUUCCACAGCAGCUUCCAUUCCCAGGCUCUACACUUCAGACCUGUGUGUCAGGACUGGAAGUGCAAAUCCACAGUGUGGGAGCUGAGACAGACACUGAACGUGGUGUUCGACCUGCACACCUCUGGCCAGGGCAAACGAGAGUGGUCCCUGUUCAAGAUGUUCUCUCGCACCCUGACUGAAGCCUGCCCGCUGGCCUCCUCCAGUAAAGUGUACGUGGAUGUCACAGACAACCCUCAGGGAGAGCUGUUUGAGCUGAGCCCAACCACUCCCCUGCUCAGCCAGGCUGUGGUGCUUGGGGACCGGAGAACCUACUCGGUCUAUGACCUCACUAACCAGGCCACGUUCGGACAAACGCGCUCCCUCAACAUGCUGCUGCGCUGGCGAGCAGCCGAGAGUGGAGACAUGCUGCGUCCCCUACUGCAUGGAGAGCGCUACGUGGCCGGCUACGGGCUGCAGACGGGAGAGAUCCACACCCUGAUGUACAACAACCACCCAUACCGGGCCUUCCCCGUGCUCCUGCUAGACACUGUGCCCUGGUACCUGCGCCUCUACAUCCACACACUCACUGUCACCAGCAAGGGCCGUGACAACAAACCCAGCUACAUUCACUACCAGCCGUCCAAGGACCGCCUUCGGCCCCACCUGCUCGAGAUGCUGGUCCAGCUGCCCCCUAACUCUGUGACCGAGGUGACCAUGCAGUUUGAGAGGGCACUCCUCAAGUGGACCGAGUACACCCCCGACCCCAACCAUGGCUUCUACGUCGGGUCUUCUGUUAUCAGCGCUCUUGUGCCCAGUGUCGUUGCCAUGGAUACCAACAGCACUCGGGAAUGCCCACUUUUCAGCAGCUUUUUCCCCUGUAAAGAGGAGUCCAGUUACUUCAUGCGGGUCUACACGGAGCCCUUGCUGGUGAACCUGCCCACCCCUGACUUCAGCAUGCCCUACAACGUUAUCUGCCUCACUUGCACCGUGGUGGCCGUGGGUUACGGUUCCCUCUACAAUCUCCUGACCCGCACCUUCCAGGUGGAGGAGCCCAGUCCGGGCCUGGCCAAACGGCUAGCCAACAUCAUCCGCAGGCUAAGGGGUGUGCCACUGCUGUGAUGAGCCAAAAUGCUAACUUAAACAACAACAACAGCAGAGGUCGGUGGCUACAUCACUUGGGAACUGUGAAUGUAAGUUUCAGGAAGAUAACGCUUUAAGUGCUGGAAGCUUCGACAAAGAAAAUAAAUUACUCUUAAGUUUGUUUUGUGAAUGAUAAAGGAGUUGAUGAACAAAGAAGUGUCAUGGAUUCGAUGGACGUUAAGGCUUUUUCUUGCCCGUGAGAAGCAAAAAGGGUGGCCUUUCUUCAGUGCACUACUACUGCUGUUGGUCUAGUUAAACAGAGAAUAAUGUAUUUUUCAUGUUUAAGGCAGGAACCAAAGUGUUUGCUCCAGGAUUUCUGUGGGGGCAGAUUGCUGCAAGAAUCACAGCAAGCUCAUAUUGGUUCCUGGAAAAAGUAAUUGUCUGUUAUAGAUCACUAGGAAGCCAUUGCUCUGAGAUCUGGGGCCGUACGUAUCAAGCGUCUCGGAGUAUGAGUGCUGAUCUAGGAUCGUUGUGUUCUAGUAAACAACUGGUCCUAAAUCAGCACUCCUACUCUGAGACGUUUGGUAAAUUUCGGCUCCAGAUUCAUCUCUUAAAUCUUUACUGAGAUAAACUAAAAACACAAACCUUAUUUAUGUUGAAAUGCUAAAUGCACUGACUUACAGAACUUUCAUUGUCUUUUUGUCCUGUCUUUUGUUUUGAUACGUGGGAUUUCGUAUCACAUUUGUUCAUUAAUUAUAGCACCAGUCAAAACGUUUGCACUUGUAGAAAACCCCAAAAUCUCUACUGGAAACGACUGUUGAUAUUAACUUGCGUUUGUCCAAAUUUCUGUUUGAAGUUGUAGUAUUCUUUAAUUGGCAUUACAUUUUGGUAAGCCUUUGUAGCACAAAAACCCAACAGACAACAUUUAAACAGAUGAGUUUGCCAUGCAUUUCUAUUAGGAACUUGACUAAGGCUAAGCACCCUCCAUGCAUUUACUUUUUAACACUGCUCGUUCUUUGUAUAUUAAACUGUGCUUGAUACAUUAAUUUUACUGAACAACAUUCAAAUGUGUGAACAUAUAUUGGGUAACCUUGGGUAUAUAAAAAAAUAAUACAUCUAUAAAACUGGUCAUUUGUCAAACAUUUGUCAUUUGUUUUAAUCCAAUGGCUUUAAGGCAAGUCACCACACCCUAAUAAGGUACAUUCCCCCCCCCCUUAUUCAUAUCACAAUUUUACCAGUUGAAUGUAGACACAAACAUAAUACUUUUUGUAUUACAACUUUCCUGAAAUGUUGUAUUAAAAUAUGCAAAUGAGGCUCUCAUUAAAUAUGUGAACAUUUGCAUAUACUGCAAAUCUGUUUUUCUGGACACUGGAUGAAGUCAGUCUAAAUGAUUUGGUGUCAUUUUGUUAAGACACUCCAGGACCAGACGUGUUGUGGAUAAAUAUUGUUUUAAUCUUUCUGUCUGUGAAAUACUAAAGUCACAUAUGUAAAAUGCA